AUGUGCGACCCCCAGGAGAAGCUGGCAUCUCUCCCCAUGGAGCUUCCCAGGUUCCUGGCCCCAAAGUUAUGGAAGUCAGAAGAAAACAGCCGGCAGGUGCAGGUGGGGCUGAAGCCCGGUGCUGCCCCAAGCCAGCAAGGAGGCCGGCGGGGUGGUGACAACACCCAUGAGCCUUUGCAGCACCUGGGCCCUGUGCAGAGCUUCCCGCCGAAGCGCGCGCCCCACCUCCAGACCCUGCCCCUUGCGCCGUGCCCAGGAGGCAGGAGCCAGCGGCCAGACGCCCGCCUCUGCUUCCCGUGGCCCGAGCCCCUGGGAAUUCCCACGAGGCCGCUCCCGGGGGUCGUCACCGGGGACCGAACACCGGGCACCUCAGCGGGCAGCGCACGCGGAACCCUUGACAGAGGUGGACACACUGGGCCUGCGAGGUCCAUCUUUCUCGUGCUCACGGCCUUUGGGAAGGGAUCAUGGCACCCUGGGCCGGUGCACGGAGCCCCGAGGCGGCACCAGCGGGCACCAGCGGGCACACUGCUGCCUCCGAGAGCUGGGCAAAGGCUGUUCGGGGCGACAGACAUCGCGCUGCUGGAGCGCGGGUGCCGGGCCCUGGAGAUGGAUAGUUACAGGUGCCUGAUGGUCCUAGCCCCAGAGGACUGCGACCACGAGGUAUUCGAAGAGAUCCUCAGGGUCCAGGAGCCCCUGGGCAAGUUCGCAGUGGCCGGAAAGGCCUUUCUGGAGGAGGACAGAUCCAAGACGGCCAUCAUUAGUCUGACAGAGGACAUCGAUUACUCCGCCAUUCCCAGGGAGGUCCAGGGCAAGGGCGGCCUGUGGAGAGUGGUCUGCCUGCCGUGGAAGCAGGACGUCAAAUUCCUGACCAAGCUGAACCUCUUCUUGCAGAGCAAGGGCCGGACAGUGGAGGACGUGGCCCGGGUCCUGAGGCAGGAGCUCGGCCCGACCGGGACGGGCCCCCGAGAGCUGCCCGCCAGAAAGUGCUGUGCGCCCGGGCCCGGGGACACGUCCCGAGCUGGGGCCUCUGCCCGGCUGGACGCCGUGCGGCCCCUGGACUCCGCGCAGAAGGAUAGGGGGGCUGGAGACAGCCAGAGGGGCAGGCGCAAGCAAAAAAACCGCCGAGGGUACCACGCGUACCACAAGAAGCUGAGGUGA